AUGUUUGAAAGGCUAUAUGGAUGCACAAUGCAUUCGAUCAACUGGCAACCAUGUUUCGUCUUUCAUUUAUCCAUAUUCGCACUUAGAUUGUUACUCCGGAGAUCAAUUUUUGAGUCCAUUGUCGUCUCAUACUUAUUGUACGUAUCUCUUGGAGGUUGGCGCUAUCAACGCAUCUUUAUUUUAACUUUUCUCAGAGACCUCAUGGGACUACGAUGCAUACUCAUGGUUCAGUUAAAUGUUCUCUGGCUCCAAUGGACGAAACGAACUUUUUCCGACAUGUUUGAAUAUACUGUAAAAAAACGGGGACCAGAAAAUGUUGCUAUUUAUUUUGAGGACCAAGUAUGGACCUUUAGGCAGCUGGAUGCGUAUUCAAAUAAAGUAGCCAAUUAUCUGGCGAAAUGUGGUUUUAAACGAGGUGAUAUAUUACUGCUGUUUAUGAAUUCGUGUCCGGCAUAUAUUGGAAUAUGGCUAGGAGCAACUAAGGUCGGUGUUGCGACUGGUCUGGUAAAUACUAAUCUUUGUAAAGGAUCACUUAUGAAUUGUAUUAAAACGCUGAGUGCACGUGGAAUAGUUGUGGGUUCCUCUUUGAAAGAAGCUUUUGAAACGGUCAAUGAGUAUAAUGAUUUAUCAUUGGAGAUGAUAUGGUUAGUUGAUGAGAAAAGAAGUUUACCAGAAACUGCCUAUUCUAAUUCAACUUCUUCAACGUGUAGCUGGAACAUAGCACUUGCACAAGUUCCACACUGUGCUCCAAUUCCACUUCCACGAAUUGCUAAUCUCCGCGAACAUUUGAUCUACGUCUAUACCAGUGGUACGACUGGUUUGCCUAAGGCUGCUAUUAUAACGAAACUACGCUACACUCUAUUGGUUGUUGGUGCUAAAUACUCAUUUGGUAUUCGGCAAUCUGAUAUUAUAUAUGAUCCUCUACCGUUAUAUCAUUCAGCUGGUGGAAUAUGUGGAGUUGGACAAAUGUUAUUAUAUGGUAAUACAAUUGUAAUCAGAUCGAAAUUCUCUGCAUCACAGUUUUGGUCAGAUUGCGUAAAAUAUAAAUGCACAGUUGCUCAAUACAUUGGAGAGAUAUGUCGUUAUCUUUUAUGUCAACCUGUAAGACCAACAGAUAAACAACAUCAUGUACGAAUUGCAUUCGGUAAUGGUCUGCGACCACAAAUAUGGAAAGCAUUUCAAGAACGUUUCAAUGUUAAACAGAUUGGGGAAUUUUAUGGUGCUACAGAGUCAAAUACUAAUAUUGCUAACAUGGAUAAUAAAUUUGGUGCAGUUGGUUAUGUUUCAAAAAUCAUUGAUGGUUUUUAUCCAUGCUAUAUCAUUAAAAUUGAUGUAGACACUAAAGAACCUAUUAGAGAUCCCAUAACUGGAUUAUGCAUACUGUGUGAACCAAAUGAACCUGGUCAUUUGGUAGCACGUAUUGGUUCAAAUGAUCCUUUUCGAAUGUUUGAUGGUUAUGUUAAUUCGGAAGCUUCCGAAAAGAAAAUUAUUCGAAAUGUUUUACGUAAGGGUGAUUUAUGGUUUGCUUCUGGGGAUUUAAUGUGUUGUGAUGAAUUGGGUUAUAUGUACUUUAUCGAUCGGUUAGGUGAUACAUUUAGAUGGCAUGGGGAAAAUGUAUCCACUUCAGAAGUUGAACGUGUUUUAGAUCAAGCUAUUGGAACAUUAACUGGGACUGUAUUCGGUGUUUCUAUUCCUGGGACAGAGGGGAAAGCUGGAAUGGCUGCUAUAGCAUUAGAAGGAUCAAAACUUACUUCUAUAGAGGAAGAAAAUUUGCUUUGUCGAAUAAAUGAAGAGUUUACAGGGAACUUGCCUUCUUAUGCACGUCCUCUAUUCAUACGGUUGUGUCAAAAUCUGACGAUGACUGGUACAUUUAAAAUUAGCAAAGCAGAAAUCAGUCGCCUUGGUUUCGAUCCAAACAUUGAUCCAAAUGAUCAUGUAUACUUUUUAAAUCCGAAAACAAAAGUUUAUCAACUAGUAGAUCAACAAUUAUUUAAUGAUAUUAAUAAUGGUGUAUUUAUUUUAUAA